CACGACUUUUUAUGCCGGAGCUAUGUGCCGUGAUCGAGCGACGAAUCAAUCAGAUAAUUGCUCGCUGGCAGAACUGCAAGAGACAAAGCGAUAAGUUUAUCGUUCUUUAGCGCGCCAGUUUGUCCGUUGAUACUGCCUAAACACGAGCUCGAUAACGCGUCCCGGGAGUAGCUACUUUCUUUGCCCCGUACGACGCUUUGUUAUUCUUCGACGAGAGAAGCGAACGAGUCGCGCGUUCAUGCCACAAACUGUGCCGCACGCUUGCUACAUCUUUUAUACAAAAGUUAACCCAAAGUGUCGAGUAGAUGAAAAUGCUCUGGACUGUUUUGGUGCUGAUCUGCUUGGCACCUCUGAUUUUUGCGUCCUCCUGCAAUAUAGAUCCUUCCAACGGCACUCAAGACGACUAUGCUGUUUGCCACUGGACCAAUUCCACCGAGGAGCUUCCAUUCGAAGCGAGUAAAUUUUUUCAGGCAACGAGAUCCUUCAAGCGUACAACGCUGUUCGACACGUCGUGUAACAAGAACACCGGCAUAGACUGCCGCUCGUCGAACGACCAGUGCAACGCCACGAUCGCCUUCUCCGAGUGCUGGAACGAUUUUUGUCACUGCCACGAGGACCGGCACUACGUCAGAUCGGAAAAACAAUGCCGAGUCACGAGGCGCUACAACGAGACCUGCGGCAAUGAUCUCGAUUGCGCCUGCCACCCGAGAUCCGAAAUGUUCUGCGAUAUCAGCAGCGGCAGGUACAGGUGCAACUGCAAAGAAUCGUCCAGACCCAGCGAAGACCAGCUAUUUUGCAUCCAGAAACAAGCGCGUUUGCACACCAUGUGCGACUUGCACGAAGAUUGCGGAACAUUUCACUCUUUGUGCAAGGACAACUUGUGCCAGUGUCAGCAAAAUUAUAUCCCUUAUAAGGAAUUCUGCGUUGUCAAAGAGACCAAAUUCAAAGGCUCAAGUGGAAUAGCAAGAGCAAGCUGGCUGCUAAUGUCCUCGUUAACACUCGUCGCUGGGACGAUUGAGCUCGCUUGACAAUCUCAUCUGCACACCAGACAUAAUCUCGCAAUACUCAAAGUAUCCAAGACUCGCGUCUGGAUAAGUUUACAGCUUGUAAAUAGACGUAAGAAGAAAAAUGACUCUUAUUCGUGCAUAGCUGCAAGAUUUAUCGGCGAGCGGCAUUGCCACAGGUGCACUCUAGAGAUGGGUCGACGUAGAUUGCAUGUAUAUAUUCGACCUGCACGCCGCUCUCCUUUGCAAAAGACUUGAGCCCACGAGUAUGUAUAUUUAUUAU